AACAAGUUGAUAAGAAUAUCCCUUGUGGACUCCAGCAACAAUGUAGAAGUUCUCCAACGUGAUCCCAGGUCACCGCUGUUUUCUGUAAAAACAUUCGAAGAACUGCGUCUAAAAGAUGAGCUGUUACAAGGAAUUUACAGCAUGGGUUUUAACAGGCCAUCCAAAAUACAAGAGACUGCUCUUAUGGUCUUGAUUCUGUAUUCCAGACCACAAAAUCUUAUUGCUCAGAGCCAAUCGGGGACUGGUAAAACGGCUGCUUUUGCCUUGGCUAUGUUGAGCAGAGUAAAUCCAACAGAAAGAUUUCCACAGUGCCUCUGCUUAAGUCCCACCUUUGAACUGGCUGUGCAAACGGGACAGGUAAUUGAGAAGAUGGGAAAGUUCUGUGUAAAUAUUGGAGUUAUCUAUGCUGUCCGAGGAAACAGACUUCCAAGAAAAACCAUCAUUGAACAACAAAUAGUAAUCGGAACCCCGGGAACUCUGCUAGAUUGGUGUUUCAAGCUAAAACUUCUGGAUGUGAAGAAAAUCCGAGUGUUUGUGCUGGAUGAAGCAGACGUCAUGAUCAAUAAACAGAACUUCUCGGACCAGAGUAUCCGGAUUCAGCGGGUAUUAUCGCCUGAUUGCCAGAUGCUUCUGUUCUCAGCGACAUUUGAAGAUCCUGUGCUGCUCUUUGCACAGCGCAUUGUACCAGAUCCCAACAUUAUUAAGCUCCGCAGAGAAGAGCUGACUCUCGACAAUAUCAGGCAGUACUACUUUGUGUGUGAGAAUAAUGAAGAUAAGUACAAAGCUCUGUGCAAUAUCUAUGGCAGUAUCACUGUUGGCCAGGCGAUAAUCUUUUGUCAGACCCGUAAGAAUGCUAAAUGGCUAGCACUGCAGCUGUCGAACGAUGGGCACCAAGUAUCCCUCUUAAGCGGGGAGCUUACCGUUGAGCAACGGGCGGAUAUCAUCCAGCGAUUCCGUGAGGGGAAGCAUAAAGUCCUCAUCACAACCAAUGUCUGUGCCAGAGGCAUUGAUGUGAAACAGGUCACCAUAGUGGUCAACUUCAGCCUGCCCACCAACCUUGAAGACUUUGCUGAUUUUGACACCUACCUUCACCGCAUAGGCCGCGCAGGGCGCUUCGGGAAGAAAGGCGUGGCCUUCAACAUGGUCGAAAGGCAUAAGUUACCCCUGCUGCUUGCGAUUGAAGAGCAUUUCAAGACCGCCAUUAAGUACCUUGACCCAGAAGACAUGGACAUGCUAGAAAAACUAGAAAACUGA